AUUUUUUCGAAAACGGUACCGUUUCAAUUUGUUCUGACCAUCUGCACUACGUGGUCCAUGUCAGUCCAUUGGAUCAACUCUUCUCCAUGUGUUUUCAUCUGGUACAAACUGCAGGACACUGCUGGAGGAAACCAUGGCUGGAGAGGAUCCUAAUCCCCAAUCAAGGAUCAAUGAAACCCAGUUGAAUUUGAGCAUUACAAAUCCUCAAUUUUCAAACUCACUACUCACCUAUUAUUCCAAACUCAGUUCAGAAUUCAGAGCUCCAUUAUUUUCUCAUCAACAGAGCAAAAUGGUGGAGAUUGCGGUGCUCCAUCUACUAGCCAACCUUGCACCCUUCCUCCAACAAGAGGCCAAUUUGCUGAUCGGAGUUCAAGAAGAGAUCGAAUACAUCAGAGAUGAAUUCGAGCGCAUGACAGCUUUCCUCAGAGUUGCCGAUGCUAUGGAAGACAACAACCCCCAACUCAAAGUAUGGGUCAGGCAAGUCCGAGAAGCUGCGUACGACAUUGGAGAUGUUCUCGAGUUGUACAUGCUUCGCCUCGGACAUCGUCAUGGCGCUGGAUUUCGCGGUUCUCUUCGUAAGGUUUCUUGCUUUAUCAAGACUUUAAAAGCUCGUCAUCAAAUUGGUUCUGAAGUUCAAAGAAUGAAGUCCAGAGUCGAAGAAAUUUCCAAGGGACAUCAGAGGUACCAUGAUAUGUAUGGUAUGUUAGAGCAAGGCUCAAGCUCAAGGUCCACUGGUCUUAACACAGCAUGCCAUGAUUAUCGUGGCGAUGCCCUUUUACUCCAUGAAUCUGAGCUUGUGGGCAUCCACAAGCCCAAAUCGCAACUAAUUACGUGGUUGGUGCAUGAAGACCCCAGACUGAAGGUGUUUUCCGUAUCAGGAAUGGGCGGAUUGGGCAAAACAACACUCGUUAAAAAGGUAUUUGAUGAUGCAGUUGUGAAGAAUCGUUUCCAGAGCCAUGUUUGGAUCACUGUUUCUGAAUCCUUCAAGAUUGAGGUGCUCCUAAAAGGCAUCGUCGAACAAUUAUUUGAAGAAAGCAAGCAACCAGUCCCACAAAGGAUGGACAACAUGGAUACCAACAGCUUGAAAGGGAUAAUUAAUGCUUUCCUGCAAGAAAAGAGGAAAACAUUUAUGGAGAAUUCUUGCCCUUCACAUUUGGAAAGACUUUCAAAAGACAUCUUGAAUAGAUGCGAGGGAUUGCCGCUUGCAAUUGUGGCAAUUAGUGGUCUUUUAUCAACAAAGGAUAAGAGCAGUGUGGAUGAGUGGGAUAAGAUCUACCGCAGCCUCGGUGCAGAACUAGAAGGAAAUGACAAACUCCAAAGCAUGAACAAAUUAUUGUCCCUCAGUUACAUAGAUUUACCUUAUUAUCUGAAGUUCUGCUUUCUCUAUCUAAGUGUUUUUCCAGAGGAUUGUUUCAUUGACCAUUGGAGAUUGAUUCGAUUAUGGGUGGCAGAAGGAUUUGUAGAAAUGAAAGUAGGAAUGACAAAAGAAGAAGUUGCCGAGGGCUACCUCAAUGAGCUAAUCAAUAGAAGCUUGGUUCAAGUGGCAGAGAGAAGAAGAGAUAGAAGGGUCGCAACGUAUCGCAUCCAUGACCUUUGGCGUGAAAUGAUUGUUUCGAAGUCGGGAGAGCAAAAUGUUGUGACACUAGCCGGUGAAAAAAGCAGAGAGUGGCCCAAAAAGGUGCGGCGCUUAUCAAUCCACAGUCAUUUGGAAAAUACACAACAAAGCAAGUGUUUCACUCGACUCCGUUCUUUGCUUAUGUUCAACGCAACAGGUUCACUGUCCAAGUUCUCCAUGCUUGCAUCGUCAAAUGAUGGUCUACGGUUGCUAACCGUGCUAGACUUGAAAGGUGCCUCGUUGGAGACAUUCCCAAAUGAAGUUUUGAAACUAGUUCAACUCAGGUAUUUAAGUUUGAGGGGAACCAAUGUAAAAGUAAUUCCGAAGUCGAUUGGAAAGCUCCAAAACCUGGAAACAUUGGACCUCAAAGAUACGUACGUCACUGAGUUGCCUGAUAAUAUCCUGAAGCUCCAACAACUUCGCCAUAUCUUGUUGUAUCGCUACAAACAAGAUCUUGUUCCUUCCACUUGUUUUCAACACCUUUGCGGAUUCAAAGCCCCGACGGAAAUAGGAAGGUUGUCAUACUUACAGAAACUUUGUUCUAUUGAAACAAACCAUGACAAUGGGACCAUUUUGCUAGGAGAGGUAGGGAAGUUGACUCAACUGAGGAAAUUACAGAUUGAAAGCCUGAGAAAUGAAGAUGGGAGGGUGUUAUGCUCGUCCCUUGAGAAGCUUAGUAACCUUCGCUCAUUGAUUGUUCGUGCAACAGAGGAAGACGAGAUCAUUGAUCUAGAUUCUCUUUCCUCACCACCUCAACAUCUUCGAACCCUCUACCUAGGUGGAAGUUUACGUAGGGUACCGAAUUGGAUACCUUCACUGCAUAGCUUGGUAAGCGUAGUUUUAGCAUGGAGUAAGUUAAGGGAUGUUGAUCCACUGGAAUCCCUUCAAGAUUUGCCCAAUUUGGUUGAACUUGAACUUGUUCGGACUCAUGAAGGGGAAGAAUUGUGUUUCAAGACUGGUGGAUUUCAAAGACUUCUGAGACUUAGACUCGGCGUAUUAAAAGGAUUGAGACGGGUGAAAGUGGAGGCUGGCUCAAUGCCUCGUCUUGAAGAGUUAUUUAUCCGGCACUGCGAAUUGGUAGAGGAGUUACCUUCUGGCAUUGAACAUCUAGCCAGCCUUAAAUCACUUGAUUUGUAUGAUAUGUCUGAUGGAUUGAUAUCGAGUAUGAACAGAGAUUUGGAGCGUGGGAAAAAUUUGAAAAUUGCACACAUCCCAAAAGUUUGGAUUGGGGACACAAAACAUGGCUAUUGGAAAGGAAAUUAUCUAUAGUGAGGGAGGAGAGAGCUCUAAUCACCACAUUUAGAAUGUUUAUUAUGUAUUUAUUUAUUUUCAUGUGUUCUUGGUACUUGAUUUGUUGUAUUUGUAUUCGGAUCAAAUUUUUCUCUAUUUUUUUUUUCUUUUCUCUAUUA